GCGGGAGCGGUGGCGGAGCGGGCCGAGGCCGCGGUCGCGCGAGGAGGCAGCGCUGACGCCCGGGGGCUCUCCCACACCGCUGGGUGUGAGCAGGACACAGCAGGACCUGGCCAAGGCUGGAGAUGGGGUGUUUGUGAGCACAGUGGCACCUGCCAUGCACCCAGCGAGCUCUGUGGACGGCACCUUCUCCCGCUCGGCCGUGCAGACCCUCUCCCGCAGCCACUGCCGCAACAUCAAGCAGAAGAUCUCCCAGUGGGAGGGGAGGACACGGGGCUGCCCCGGCAAGGAGAGGCAGCAGCCAAAGGACUUUGGGGUGAAGUAUGAUCCCAGCUGCAAUGCUGUAUCCAACGUGAAGCCAGAGCACACAGAGAAGGGCAGGUCCAAAGAUCCAAAGAGCCUGGGGUUGGACUUCAGGGAAGGUGCACGGACCUGCUUGCAGACUGGUGGCUGUGAUGGCCCAGCUUCCCAAGCCAAGGGGAAAGGACAGGGGCAAACAGGCUUCCUGGACCCAGGGGUGACACUGCCCCCAGGGAACUUCUAUACCUCACAAGCUCUGUGGAGGAGAGCAGAUCCCCCUCUGCCUGGCAAAGCCCCUCCUGUUCCCCUGGACCUUCAGAGGAAGCGAGGGGGCUCUGGCUCCACGGAAAAAGAACUGAGAAUCAAAGGAGUGGACUCUCUCUGCGGGGCAGAGAGGAGCUUGAAAAACAUUUACUCUGAGGUUGAGGGGCAAGAGGAGGAGCCAGCUCCUGUCCCACCACCCAAACCCUGUAGGACUUUCCGCUACCUGGCAGAAAAGGGUGCUGGUGGUUGUAGAGAUUCCAGUGCUACCAGGGAAGUUCCCCUGCAAAAGCAGUGUGGAAGGGACCUGGUGUCAUCCUCCAACAAUCCUGAGAAGAGAACGGACAGCAGGAGGAUCAGAGGGAGAGCCCAGAGGAAAUCCUUUGAGUUUGAGGACAUCCAGGGCUUCCGCAGCAGGAGGGCAGCCAGCAGCUCCCACAGACCUCGGGAGGAGACAAAUGGCACCACAGGAUCCAGGCUGGUCUACGCACAGUCAGAAGACAACAUCUACGAGGACAUCAUCUGUCCUGCAAAAGAGAACCCUUAUGAAGAUAUUGGAGCACUGCCCUUACCCCUCUGGAAGGUCCCAUCUGUCUGGAAGCUGCCCCCUCCCCGGAGCAUCAGCAGGGCUCCCAAGCCUCCCCCAAAACCUCCCUUCCUCAGCCGCAAGUCUCUUGAGCUGAAGCCCUCCCAGCCAAGUUUCCAAGGGAGGGUGGUGAAGGACACCUCUCUGCCCGUCACACUGUCCGAGUGGAAGCUGUUCCGAGCAGUGGAGGCUGCCAGCAGGAGAAAGAACUUGCCCUGGCUGGUACUGAAAAUCCAGGAGAUCUUUGAUUCCAAGCGUGGAAAGAAGAAGGUGAAGCUGCUCAGUCCUGCUGGGAGAGAAGCACCUCCAGUGAAAGGUGAAACCAGUGGGAAUGAAAGCGAUACGGAAAAUCAGCCAAAAAGUCGCCACAGGUGCCCACGGCAGGUUCAGGCAGCCUCCAAGAGGAACCCACACUACCAGACCUUGGAGAGGGAUCUCAUAGAGCUGCAGGAGCAGCGGCUGUUUGAGCUCUUUGUGGUGGUGUCCCUGCACAGGAAGCCAUCUGAGGUGACCUACACACCACAGAUCAUCCAGCAGUUCCCCAGCAAGCCUGAACAUCCCUUCAGACAGUCAAAGGAUACUGAAGAGAGGCUAAAGGUCAUUCCCAGAUUCUGCUUUCCAGAUCCCAAAGACUGGUUUCCUGCAUCAGACCUUAAAAGUGAAACGUUCUCCUUCGUGCUGACGGGUGAGGACGGCAGCCGCUGGUUUGGGUACUGCAAGAAGCUCCUGCCAGAAGGGAAGGGGAAGCGCCUGCCCGAGGUUUAUUGCAUCGUGAGCCGCCUGGGCUGCUUCAACCUCUUCUCCAAGAUUUUGGAUGAAGUGGAGAAGAGGAGAGAGAUGUCCCCAGCCCUGGUGCACCCGUUCAUGCGCAGCGUGAUGGAGGCUCCGUUCCCUGCCCCGGGACGCACCAUCACCGUCAGGAGCUUCCUGCCCGGAGCAGGAGAUGAGGUGAUGGAGCUCUGCCGCCCCUUGGACUCCCGGCUCGAACAUGUUGACUUCGAGUGCCUCUUCCAGUGUCUCAGUGUCCCCCACACCAUUCGGGUCUUUGCCUCUCUCCUGCUGGAAAGGAGGGUCAUCUUUGUGGCUGACAACUUAAGCACUCUGUCUAAGUGUGGCCACGCUGCUGUUGCAACACUUUACCCCUUCACCUGGCAGCACACCUACAUCCCAGUCCUGCCAGCCUCUAUGAUCGAUAUCGUGUGCUCUCCGACCCCGUUCCUUAUUGGCAUUCUCUCCUGCUCCUUACCACAGCUCCAGGACCUGCCCAUAGAAGAGGUUCUCAUUGUUGAUCUUUGUGCCGACAAGUUCUUGCAAGAGGUAUCAGAUGAAGACGAGAUCCUGCCUCAUAAACUCCAGGCUGCACUUGUACAAGUCUUGGAAGAACGAAGUGAAAUCCUGUCACAUGGGCAGAGUGACACACAAGGGGACGUGACCCUGAACUCGCUGGUCUCUGAGGCUUUUGUGCAGUUCUUUGUGGAGAUUGUUGGGCACUACUCCCUGCACAUGAACGUCACGGAGAAGGGGGAGCGGGUGUUCCAGCGGGAGCCCUUCCGCAAAUCCCACGUGUCCCGCAACGUGCGCCACUUCCUGCAGUUCUUCAUGGAAACACAGAUGUUUGCAGGGUUCAUCCAGGACCGGGAGCUGAGCAAGAACGUGGUCAAAGGCCUUUUUGAGGUCCGUGCCUUGGAGUAUUUGGAGAGUAUUCCAGAGACGGAACGAACUGGAAUGAACAAAAUCCUUCGCAGCCUUGGCAACAAAAUGAAAUUUCUCCAGAAGAAGUGACCGGGCGCUGCUGCGGGACAGCGGCGGGACCGGGGCGGGGGAGC